AUGGCCACACCAAGGACGAUCCGUCGUAUCGUCACCACCACCCCCAGCGUAUCAUCCUGGCUAUCACCCGCAGCGGGCCAACCCCUCCUCCCCACGCUCAUCUCGAUCCCACCCCUCGCAGCGCAAUCCAAAUGGUUCUUGCCCCACCCUAACACGAACAACGCCCCCACGAACAAGCUUGAUCGUCCACAUCGUCACCUCAACCUCGACCACCUCACCGGUUCGGGAACCCAAGACCCAGUCGUCAAUAUCGAGCAUACGCGAACGGGAUCCGAAUCCUACUUCGAGCGUCUCGAAGUACCUUGGUCCUAUUACCUGCAAUACCUCGACAACCCACCCGUACCAAACACGUUGUCAAACGCGCCGCAUUCGACUUCAACCCUUUACCUAGCCCAAUCGCUCCCACCCUCCCACCUCCCACCCGACCUAACCCUACCCCAAACUCGACAACACUUCCCCCUCUCCGGUCAAACCCCUUCCUCCCUCUGGAUGGGCCGAACCCCGACCACGACCCCCAUGCAUCAAGACCCGGACCAUAACUUAUUACUCCAAUUGAGCGGGGAGAAGAAGUUUAGGUUGAUGGAACCAAAGGUGGGGAAGAGCGUUUUCGAAAAAGUUCAAAAGAGGGGACUCGGAGGACUGGGCAAGGCGGCGGCGUUGUGGGAUCGGAGAGGUCGUUUGAGAGGGGAGGAGAUGAUGUUGCCCGGUCCGGAAGGCGACAGGGACGCGUUGGAACGAGCGGUGUGGGAGGAUACUUGUGAUGGGGGUCGGAGCAGGCGCAGGAAGAGGUUUUUCAGGUCACGGUCCAGAGUGGUCAAGCUUUGUUGAUCCCUCAAGGAUGGUGGCAUGCCGUGAGGUCGAGGUCGACUAGAGCAAAUGGCGAAGAGGAACUAUCCGUGUCGGUCAAUUGGUGGUUCAGGUGA